AACGUUUUCCAUUGUGUUAGACUACUUGUCUAUUGAAAUGAAAUGGGGCAUCCAGUGCCUCUGACAAAGAACAAUACAUAAGUAUUAACUAAAGAAAUUAAUAUAUUAAGAUACUUUUUAAAUCAUUGGCGACAAAGUAAUGUAACACUUUCACUUUAAAGCAGUGGAGUGAUUUUACAACAGUACUGGCAUUCAAUAGUACGUUAUCUGGCUGUUAAGAUUUAAGUCAUCAGAAAGAUGUCUAAUGCUAAGAAGAAUGACGUUAUCAAACAGAGUGAAAAGUUGCCCAAAACUACUAAAUUGGAAAAAGGAUCGGCUAAAACACAAGAUCUGGGGAAAGGAAAGAAAAAAGAUUCCAGAAAGAAAUCGACUACAUCUCAAGAUGACAACAUGGAUCCUGCAGAGGUGAAUGACCUUGUGGUAUGUAACCUUUGUAAACAAGAUAUGUGUUCACCGAAGCAUUUGCCCUGUCUGCAUACGUUUUGUGAAACCUGUAUUACGAAGCACAUAAAACAAGAAAAGGCGCAAUCGACUAACAUGCACGUGGUAUGCCCAACCUGUGAGUACCAUAUAUCUGUACCAAGGGCUUCAGACGACACAAAAACCUUUGCUGAAGGUUUACCCGUCAGUACGUUAGUUUCGUCACUUCUAAGUAAGAAAGAUUUACAUCAGAAAAAAUGUAAACGCUGCAAACAACAUGGACGUGACACUAAGGCCGAUAACUGGUGUGCGUAUUGUGCGCAGACUCUCUGCGAUGAACAUUUAGAAUACCACCUCUCGUUGACUAGCAACCGACAUCCCGUCUUUGAUGUCGAUGAAGUCAUUAAGAACCCGGAUAUUGGAUUUGCAUCUAAGAAGUGUAAAUAUCAUGAAAAAGAGGACAUGAAGUUAUUUUGUAAUGACCAUUGGAACAUUUGUUGUAAUAUAUGCUCCAAACGACUCCAUGGAAUGUGCAACACUUGUCUGAUCGAAUACGACACGUCAACCAUCAAAACUCACAGCGAAAUUACUAACUUGAAACGAAAACUAGAAUCCAUAUCGACACACACAGAGAAGAUGAGACAGGACAUUUUAAGCAAUAUCGAAACCAUGAACAAGCAAGUGAUUUUGGAAAAAGAAAACAUCAAAGAGUUCCGUAUUCAGAUCAACAAACAAUUAGAUAAUCUGGAACAACAACUGUGUAACGAGUUAGACAACAUGCAUAGUGAAAAAUUGAAGGAACUAGAGCGCGAGGCUAAUAUAGUUGACAUGAAACACCAAACUUCUUUGAUGUAUAAAACCAUGCUUUCAGUUGUUCUAAAAGAUGCUUCCAACAUACAAUCGCUUUCUAAUUUGGCGGAUAUUCGACACAAUGCGCAUCGAUUGGAAGAUGAGUUAAGACUCGAUAAAUAUAAACUUCAAAAGAUUGCCAUACAAGUUAGUCUUAGUCACGAGACUUUUAAAAACAUUUUCAAGAUCGGAGUAGUUGCGCCUAAAUAUUCUAGAUUACGAAAUUCCCAGUCACCAUCACGUCAAAUGAGCGUUUUGUCCAAAAUGUCAUCACCUCGAGCGGGUGUAAAGUUCAACAUAUCUCCACGAAUAUCACAGCAGUAGAAUAUUUGCACUUUAACAUUGUGGUGUUACAAAUAUAUUUUAACAUUUUCUUUUCUUUAAAAUUCUCAGUAUGUUAAUAUUUGUAAUACUAAAUAUGUAUUAGCUAUAAAACAAUUAUUAGACUUU